ACAGCGCUCUCCUUGGCGGUGUAUACCUUGCUUUAACUGUUUGACUGUUAUUCCAUUAUGCCUUGAAGGCAGCGAGUGAGAAAAACUUGAGUUCACAAACUCCGCGCCAUCGAUUCCGGGUGCCUGAGCAUCGUUGUCUAUCAGUAUGUGCUGUGCAUGUCAAGGCCGCUGGCAACAGCGACGGGCGGGGCUAUCGCGAAAUUAGGCGGUUAGUUCUCGGCGCAACCGAAGGCAGGGCGACGGCUGGCAACUUCAUUAUUUCUUAGCAAGGCGCUUCAGAUGGUGCGCCUGUCACUGGCGCUGCUGGUGCUGGGCCUGCUCGCACUGGCCGGCGCGACUCGCGGAGCACCUGGCCAAGGUCAUGGGCGCACACUGUUGCAGCUAGACACAUCAGCGUCUGGAAACAGUGCGGGGAGCACGCAGCCGGGCGAGUCGGACAGCAGCACCUCCCCCACCACUGCAACCAUUGCGAAUGCCACCACGACGGAGUCGCUCUUUGAGGCGCUGCUGAGCCCCUCCGUCACCACCAUCCGACUGUUGGGGGAGCUGGUGGUCAACCCCGACCGUGCGCGGGCGGUGGUCAUGACCAGCCUGGGCGCCCAGACCGGAGCGUUGAAUCUCACACGCGACGUGACCAUCGUCGGCGUGCCAAUCAACACCUCCAUCGCGACAGUGGACUUCAACUUCACCGCGCGGCUGGUACAUGUGGCCAUGGGCACGACGCUUAACUUCCUGCGCAUACGGGUCCGGGGCCUCUUUGAGCGACUGGACACCGCGCCAGUGUUGUUCACGAACACCUCGUCCGGCUCGGUUCGCUUCACCAACACCAUCUUGCAGCGCACCGCCUGCCUGCCGCCCACACAACAGCUCGUGGAACUCAUAAACGCCAACAGGGUGGGCGGAACCAAUGCCAGCGGGACAGGCGGCGGUGGCGACGGCGUCGGCUCCACCUCCCUGGUCGCCAGCGGCGCCGCCCCCACCAUCAUAGCUGGCGACGGCACCGGCACUAGCAACGGCAGUGGCGAUGGCGCCGACAGCGGCAACGGCUACAACGCUUUUGACAUUGCGCCGGCGUACGUGUACGACCAGCCCUUCUGUGUGUCCACCCUGACGGACGUGGGCCUGGACCCGCUGGCGGUGGACGACUGUUUCACGGGGCCGCUGGUCCUGCAGGACAUCACCAUCAUCGUCAGCAGCAGCACCGGCGCCAAGCACGACCCCUCCGACGGCACCAGCCCGGACCCCGGCUUGCCCGGCGCUGAGGGCGGAGCCGGCGGCGGCGUGGGCGGCGGCAACGGCAGCCUGCUGCCCUCGGGCUCCGGGCUCAGCCUGACGCUGGCCUUCAACAACACCAUGAUCCUGUGCGACGUGUUCGUGGGGCCCACCUGCGCGCAGCAGACCGGCGAGGCGCUGGUGGCGUGCAUCCGCGAGCUGCUGGACCGCAGGAAUGCGCGGAUGCCCUCGCCGCCGCCGGUCUCAUCCCCGCCACCUGACAGCCGGAGCCCCACGCCCUCGAGGCCAUCGCCACUGCCACCGGUUGGGUCACCAAGGCUGUCCUCGCCCUCCGGCGUGCCGCUGGUUCCUGUGCUGGUGCCGGCGCUAGUCGGAAGCUUUGCGCUGGCGGCGGUGGUGCUGGGUGGCCUUGUGCUGUGGCGGCGCCGCCAGCGCCGAUCUGGAGGCGGCGGCGGCUAUGUCGGCGCCAAGUCGGGUCUGGACAGCCAGGACUCGGACGCGCAGCAGGUGCUGGCGCUGCAGGUCAAUGACGGAGGGGGCGGAGGAGGAGGCGGAGGAGGAGGAGGCGAGGGCAAAGGUGGCGGCGGCGCAGCUGCCGCUGCCACCAUCACCGCCAAGGGCGCGGCUGCCGCGGGAGCCGGGACGGGCAAGGGCAAGCCGCCGGCGAGCUCGGCGGGUUUCGGCAGCGACACGAACACGCUGGGCUCUGGCACGACGUCGGGUCUGACGUCCAACCUGACGUACGGCUCAUCCACCAUGACCAUGACGGGCCUCACCGCCAGCAGCCCCGGCGCCUCGCCGCCCGACUCCGCCAACACCGACCCCACCAAGUCCAUCAUACUGCACAACCUGCUGGGGGCGGGCAGCUUCGGGCGCGUGUAUUACGGCACGUGGCAGGGUGUGGGUGUGGCCGUCAAGAUCAUCCCGCACUCGGAGCAAGCCAACGCCAAGGUGCAGCAGGAGGUGGCUCUGUGCAUCAAGUUCAACCACCCCAAUGUGGUGCGCUCGCUGCAUUGCGUCACCUUCGAGGCCAGCGAGCAGCAUCAGCAGCUGGCGCACAUGCAGCAGGACAGCCUGAGGUCCGCAUCCACACUGGGAGGCGCGGCAGCAGGGGCAGGCGGAGGCGGUGUGGGUGCUGCGGGUGCGGGUGUGGGCGCGGGAGCAGCGCACACGGCACACGGUGGCAACGUGCUCAGCAUGGAGACGUGGAUCGUACUCGAGUACUGCAACGCAGGCUCGCUGUCCUCGCGCCUCAACAUGAAGGCUGCCGUGUUGGGCACCACCGGCCUAGGGCUGCUGAGCGGGGGCUCGCUGGCACUGGCCCACGACAGCGCCCUCAGCGGGACCGGUGGGACCGGCACCGGCGGCGCCAACGCACUGAUCUCGCCGGGCGACAGCGUGGCUCUGUCCACAGCGCUGCAGCGGGAGCAGCAGAAGGAUGCGGCGCUGGCACACAUGCGCGGCGUUUUGUCGGUUGCACGAGACAUCGCCGCGGGUAUGGCGUACCUGCACUCCCUCAACGUGUGCCACGGCGACCUCAAAUGCGAGAACGUGCUGCUCUGCUACAAGGCGGGUAUGGACCGGGCCAGCACAGGCGGCAUGGGCGCGUCAGGCUCGGUGCGCGGCCUCGCCGGAGCCGCCUUCACGUCUGGGCCGCAGGCCAGCGCCGCCGCCGCCGCCCUGGCGGGCCCCUCCUCCGCGUCCCUCUUGGGCGGCGGUCAGCGCGACCGGGUGCCGUUCGUGGCUAAGGUGGCAGACUUUGGCCUCAGCAAGACCUUUAGUGAGACGUCCACACACAUGUCCACUGCCACUGUCGGCACGGUGACGCACAUGUGCCCGGUGCUGCUGCUGACGGGGCAGAUGCGGCCCAGCUGCGACGUGUUCUCGUUCGGCAUCAUGCUGUGGCAGAUGGCCACGGGUGGCGUGCCGUUCGCGGGCAUGCGGUACGCGGAGAUCGUGUACAAGGUGGCAGUGGCGGGGUUGCGGCCUGAGUUCCCGGCGCACACGCCGCCACGGUUCGUGGCUCUGGCGGAGGCGUGUUGGGCGGCUGACCCCACCGCCCGGCCCUCCUUUGAGGCGCUAGUGGGGCGGCUGGGCGAGCUGCUGGAGGUGGCAGACGAGCUGCAGGCGGAGCACGAGGCGGCGCUGCUGGCAGCGCGGGACAGUGUGGCUCGGCCCGAGGACGGGGCGCUGGCGCCGGUCACCACUAGCGAGGCGGACGCGCGAGUGGCCAGCCAGUGGGCGGCGGCGGCCGCAGCGGCUCUGCUGGAGUAGGUAGUAGUAGGGGCAAGGAGCAGCGGGUGUUAGCAGUGCAGCAGCUGUGCCUUGUGUUGUAUGAAGGAUAAGGUCUGUGUGGUGAUGCGUGGCUAGAGGGCGUUGCGGCCAUCGUGACGUCCCCGAUAUGAGUGGGCUUAGCAGUUACAUGGGAGUGCUUGUGACAUUCUUGGUGGAUACUGCUUUGGUGCACGGUUCCAUGGGCGUGCUACAUUCAUUAUGAUACGCAUGGCUUACCAUGCAAUGUGAAGGCGGGUAUUGGCUUCUCGUGACUACGGUACUCACCACCUGAAACGCUCCGUGUUGUAUGCGCGGGAGUACGACAAGGGGGUUUCCUCAUAGUGGCGCGGAAAUGACCGGCUGGGGGUUGGACUGCAUGUGCGUAUCAGGGUGCGUAUGGCGGGAUGGUGGCCAAAGCCUGCCGGGCUUGUUUGUACAGCGGCGGCGCAACUGUUAUUGCGACCAGUGGCACUUCUGAGUUAACUGCUUUUAUAAUCGUGUCUGUAUAUUAUGUAGAAUGCUGUUGGACGCAAGCGGCACGGAACGGCACUUAGGAUGGCGUCAUUUCACGUAGUCCCUGUGAGAAGGCAGGGCUGACAGCACACACGCCGCCGUGCUGUGUAAAGGUUAAGCGGCUGUGUUCAGACAUUGGUAAAGGUAAUCCGUUAUCCAUUUGCGUUGCAAGGAAUGCGUGUGGCCUAUCACUGGCGUGUGCCUGACUGCCUGCACUCACCAAUCCCCGCCUCGAUCUCUCUGUCCAAU